AUGAUGCAGUCUCAGACGACGCACCUCAAUUUCAUCUUCGCCUCUUUUUACUCCACCUCCGGUAAAAAGAAACCAUGGGGAUCUAUCGCAUUUGCGCCGGCAAACGGCCGCGGGGGUUCCGCCAAUGGCUCGUCGCCUCCAGGCGGCGGCGGCGGCAAUAACACAUCCAUUAUCCCCUCCUCCAACGGCGCCGCUGCUGUGCCUCACGACCACGCGGUCGACGACUCGUCGCGCGCCAACAUCAACAACCCAGCCUCGUCGCUCCUGGUGCCCCAGCCGCACUCGGCCCAGUCCUUCUUGUCAACGUCGGCCUCGGACGACAACUCGCCCCGCCCGUCGGAUGUGGUGGUAGAUCAUGACACAACUCCUGGAGGAGGAGGGGUGGGAGGAAGCAGCGGCUGGCGACUGAUGGGGCGGAGGGGCAGCAGAAACAUCCCCGCAUCCUCCGCCGCCGCCGUCGCAGCAGCAGCAGCAGCAGCAUCACAAUCCACGGCGACGAAGAAGGACAGCCGUCCCAACAAGCCGCUGGUCGCGAUCGACCGCGGACGCAGGUGCAAAGGCCCCGUGCUGGACGGCGGGCUGGCGGCGUCACCGUCGCUGCAACAACACGGUGGCGGCGGCGGCGGGAGCUACCGCAAGGGGAGCGUGAGCGGCAGCGCUCGCGCCGUCUCCGCGGGCGGACCGGUCCUCACGCGGGCGCGCCUCGAGAAGGAGCGCAACGCCUUCUGGGACACGCGCGUCACGGGCCACGCGGAGAUAUGGGGCGCCGUGCGGCUGGCGGCGGAGCUGGUGAGGGGAGGGGAUGUGGCGAGCGCGCAGGGGGUGCUGGAUGCGGCGGGCGCGACGUGCCCGACGGGGGAGAUGUGGAGGGGCGUGUUCGACGAGUGGGGGAUUGAGUACAGAGUGCCGGAGUGGGCGGUCGUGGAGCCGGCGGGCGUGGUGGAGGUGGACGAUGAUGGUGGAGAGGACGACGAUGGAGAAGACGGGGUCGAGGAGCAGAGCCUUGCGGAGGAGAAGGGGAAGGGGAAGAUGGGCGAGAUUGUCAACGUGAGGGCGAGGCUUAGCGAUCGGGGGACAGACGUGGUGGUUCAGGUGGGGAUGGAGGAGAGGGUGAGUGCGGCCGUUGCGAGGAUCGUGGAGGCGGCGAAGUUACCUGCCACCACCCGCGUCAGGAUCGCCUACUUGGGCAAGAUUCUUCGCGAGCACGACAGUCUUGCUGCGCAGGGCUACAGCGAGGGGCACGUCGUCAAUGCGCUUGUCUUCUAG